AUGCUAGUAUCUAAAUUGUAAAAUCUAGGGGCAUUGAUAGCUGGAAAGACAAAUAUGAAUGAAAUGGGUUAUGGAACCUCAGGCAGAAAUUAUUAUCAUAACGAUAUGCCUAAUCAUAAGCAUUCCGAUUACUCAGCUAUAGAAGGUGGUGCAGCUUUGGUUAGUAAUGAAUCUGUGGAUGUUGCAAUAGGUACAGAUACUCUGGGUGUGUCAAGGAUUGCAGCUGCAUCAAAUUAAAUAGUAUGUUAUAAACCUACUAUUAAUAGAUAUCCGAACGAUUAUGGUUUCAAAAUGUCUCAAUCAAUGUCAACUGUAACUCUAUAAACUAGAUCCAUGGAGGAUUUGAUAUUUAUUGAUGAUGUUAUUCAGGGUAAAAAUAAUGAAAAGGUAAUGAAUCUAAGUGAGAUAAAACUUGGAAUAAUUUAAGAUUACAUGCAAGAGGAUUUAGAUCCAGUGGUGAACCAGAAAUUCAAUUCAUUCAUUAAGACUCUAGAGUUAAAUGGAGUGAAUUUUAUUCGAAAUGAUGGGAUUUGCAAUUUAUUAACAUUAUUGAGGGCUAGUGGGACGAUCCUUCAAUAUGAAUACUUUAGAGGCCUUCAAGAUUAUAUAGAUAAGAACAGUUUAGAUAAAACUAUAGAGCAGUUGAUUGACAAAUCUUAAACUGCCCAAACAAGGCAUUAUCUCUUCAAAUUAAAAGAUAACAGAAUGUCAGAGUUGAGAUAUAAGCAAGCACUCUUUAUUUAAAGAGCAGAGCUAAUUGAGAAAAUGCAAGAAUAUUUUAUGAGAAAUAAUCUUGAUGCAAUAAUAUAUCCUACAAUGGUAUGCAAACCAUUCAAAUUAAAAGGAAUUUAAGAAGAAUUUGGCUACAAAAUCAAUCAUAAUGAGCGAUAAGUAAGUCAAUUGGGUAUCUCAUUAAGGAAUACUAGAUUAAGUAGUCUAGCCAACAUGCCUUCGAUAAGUAUUCCAAUCAAAUCUGGCAUUUAAGAUAUCGAUUUUGAGAAAAAUGUAAACUUUGAAUUAGCAUCUUUAACUUGGAAUGAUAGAAAGCUAUUAAGGAUAGGAUAGGCUCUUGAAAAAGAUAUUAACACUACAUAAUGA